GCCGCCGCGCCACUCGACGUCGUCGCAACCCGUACACGAGCGCGGACCCGCCACGCAGACCGCGCGACAGUCCGUCUUACGACUACAACUGCAGCAGACCAUUGCCACGAGCGUUAUACGCCUAUAGCGCGGUACAAUAACACUGCAGCUCGCCACCGCCGCCGCCGCCACCGCCACCGCCACCACCACCGUACACACACACCCUCGCGUACAAGCUGCCCGUCGCCAGACACCCGACAGUCGUCCCCCUUCUGUAAGCCCCCCCGAAUAGUAAGAGAAUUUUUUUUUUUUUUCGAUAAAUUUUUUAUCCGAAAAAAAUUCGCGGUACCGAAAAUUUUUGGAAAAAAAUUUUUUUUUCUCCCCUCUCGACUUUCGAUUUUCUUCUCAGCUCUCCGCUAGGCGUCAGUAUUUUAUAAAUUUACACGCAUUUAUACACAUAUUAUAUCAUUACACUUUUUUCGUCCGCCCGCGAGAACCGGUCCCGUUCAGCCGCCGCGGUACUGCACCCCACCGCCGUCGCCGCCGCCGCCGCCGCGCAGCAGCCACCGCUGCACCGAACAAGACUCCGAUAUAUAAAUAGUGAAAAGAUUUCCCGUCAUUCAAAAAUCUCUGAGGUCACUACAACGAUAAACGAUAAGUCCGAAAACCCGCGUGUGGUGGUCCUCGUCGUCCGUCUUCAUUUGUCUAUACAGCAGACUCCGCAGGCACGUGACAAUAACGCUCUUGUCCAGAAACGGUUCGUUCGCUUCGCAGCUUCCGUCCGUGUCCGUUAUAACAAUAUUAUAACGUUAUCAUACCCGCGUUCUUGGAACCACAAUAUUGUGUACCUACCGUACUUCCUAUCUGAAGUAUAGGUAAGUCACGGGACGCCACAAGCGCCGCCAAGUGAGCCUAAAAAAGCCGUCCACCGCAACGCUCGUAAAAAAUACAAUACAGACGUCCGGCAAACGGAUAUAAACGGCUUUUUUUUUCGUUCCGCGAAAUAAAAACAGCGAAAACAUGGCCGUAGUAAACAUGAACAAUUUGCUGAACGGAAAAGAUUCCAGAUGGCUGCAGUUGGAGGUGUGCCGGGAAUACCAGCGGAACAAGUGCUCCAGACCCGACACGGAUUGCAAAUUUGCGCACCCGGCUGCCAAUGUGGAAGUUCAAAACGGCCGCGUCACCGCCUGCUACGACAGCAUUAAGGGCAGGUGUAACCGAGAGAAACCGCCGUGCAAAUAUUUCCAUCCACCGCAGCAUCUCAAGGACCAGCUGUUGGUAAAUGGUCGUAACCACUUGGCCCUAAAGAAUGCAUUAAUGCAGCAAAUGACUAUGGCUAGUCAACAGAUAGUGCCGGGGCAAGUUCCUACAGCAGUGGCAACACCAACAGCAUAUUUGACCGGAAUCCCUGGCGCGAGUACCCAGGUCGCCAACACUUAUACGCCAUACUUUAGCGCCGCCGGCCCGUUGAUUGGACCGACCGCAAUAAUCACUUCAGACCCGAACAAUCCGCUGGCAAUGACCGUACAGCAGACAAUGGUUACGCAACAGAAAAUGCCAAGGAACGACCGUCUAGACAUGGAUAUGAAAGCCGUUGGAACAUUUUAUUACGAGAAUUUUGCAUUUCCGGGAAUGAUGCAGUACAAACGAGCCCCAGGCGACAAGUCUGGAAUGCCGGUGUUUCAACAAAACACGGGAGCUUACCAACAAUUGCUUCAGCCAUUCGUGCCAGCCGUAUCUUUCACUACACCACCGGGCAUCCCGAGGUAUUAACAUAACGACUGCGAUCCAGAAAUCAACCUGUGUUACACCAUGCAUCCAUUGAAUGUAUGGUCGUGGCCUAAUAUUUAUUAACAAAAUCACAUUCAAUUCAAGUCAUCAGUUUAAUACACAGUAAAUUUUUUUAUAGUGUAUUGCAUUACAUAUAUAAUUCAUAAAUAAUAUAAUUGUAGAAUACGAAUUGAAUAAAUAUUGAACAAUUUAAUAAAUUAGAUUGAUUUAAGUUUCCUUUAUCCAAUAUUUAAAAUAGGUCGGAAACUAAUGUCAAUGAUAAUUAAUCUAACUAGAAAUGAUGCACUUUGUAUUUUGUUAACAAAAGUAAACUAUUUUACAUAGAUAAAUGUUAAAAUACUAUUGAACUAUUUAAAUUGUAUAGAAUCAGGUUGAUAACACACUAUAAAUGUAAAACCCUUCAUAUUAUUUUAAGUCAUUAUUUUACUCAAAAUAUAACUAAUUAUAUUAUUACCAAUACAUAAUACAUAAAUAUUAAUCUAUUGUUAUUAUAUUUUAACGCACCAAUAAUUUUUUUUUUUAUUUUUUUUUUUAUGCUAUUUGAUUGUAGGUAGCUAUUAUACAUUAUAUUAUUAUUAUUAUUAUUAUUAAAUAUUUAACAAUAUUUUUAGAUUAGGUACUUAAAAUUAAGUUAAGGCAAAUUUUAUAGGUACACUAUUAAUUUAUGUACUACUAAUAUUAAAAUUGUAUUACAUCGAGUUUAGAUUAGAAAACAAAUUUCAAAAUAUAAUUAAUUUAUAAAAUUAAAAUAAUCCUUUUCCUAUAUACAAUAAUAAAUAUUAUAUAAUAUGUAUGUUUAUAUAUACAUGCAUAUGUUUAUAAGAUAUUAUUAAUCAAAUAUUAAUUAUUGACAUGAUAUAAAUGAGUUUUCAAUAAAUUGUUAUAAAAAAUACAAGAUUUAACAUGUUAUGACUAAUUGUGUGAAAUAUUAUAAUAACAAUAAUAUUAUAUGUGUUCAAAUGUUUAACCUCAGUAUAAACAUAUAUAUAUAUAUAUAUAUUAAUAUAUUAUCUAUCCAAUUAUAUAUCCAACGAUUGACUGGCGUAAUAAUAAUAAAAAACGAAUGAUAUAGGGCAUAAUAUAAUAGGCGAAUACGUCCGCACAGUAAAAAAUAUUAUUAUUCAGAUGGUUUUGGUCGCGCAUACCUUAAUAGUAUAUAUAUAUAUACGUAUUAUAUAUUAUAUAGGUACGAAUUUCACGUUAUGAACCCGAAGGAAUUUAAUUUAUUUGGAGAUAUUAUUGUUAUAUGAAACCAGUCGCGUAUUAUAGGUAAUAUAGAUGCGCCGAACACAAUGGCUACUCUAUUCGGACUCGCCCUUGGUUUACUAUUCGUAAUCAAACUACAACUCUACUACUAUAUACCACAAUAAUAUCUACUCUAUACUGCUAUUACCGUUAUACAUAUACCACUAUGGUGGUAUAUAAACACUACCAUCACUACUUAAUACUACUACAGUACUACUUAUAUACUAACGCUAAUAAACUACUAAAGCUAUUCCCAUAAUAUAUCUACUAUACGAUAUCUACUACGCGAUGUUUGGUUAGAUUUACAUGUUUGAAAUAAUAAUAAUAAAAAUUUAAUUAAUUAAAAAAUAUUAUAUUACUAUAGCUAACAAAAAAAAAAAUGUUAUAUUAACCAAAUCUAUUAUACCGUUCGUGUAUAAAUAUAGACGUGAUGUGAACAAUUAAUUUAAAAUAAUAUGUCUAAUGUGAUUUGCGAUUUUUUAAACUAAAAUAAUAUUAUAACUUUGCAGUUUUCUACUAUUGUUAUUAUUCAUUUUUUUUUCUAACCCGGUGACUUCCUUACACACAAAAUAAAUAACAUUUUUUUCAACAGUCUGAGAGACUAUUAAAAUUAAAUAUUACCUUAACGAUCUCGUUUUUAUCUUCCGAUCAAAUAAACAACAAUUCACCAUACUAUAAUACUAGGUGCCAAUCUAUAAUAUAUCAUUCUUACAUCAAAAAAUACAUUUUUAGCCAAGUCGUUUUAAACUAUAUAUGUCGCUAAUUAUUAAUUUUCUAUUAAAUAAAUAUAUAUAUAUACCUAAAUAAAUGUAUAAAUGUAAGAUAGUAAUUUUAUACGCGUGAUUCGUACGCAAGUUUCUGAGUGUCUAUAAUCGAGAACUUGUCUUUAAAGUUUAAAUUGUCACUGUACUAUAUCAUCUCAUAACAUAUUUGUAAGCGUAAAGUUAUCGCCAAUCCACCCUAGACUAUAACUACUACAUUUCAAUGCUUUCGACGAAACGUAACACACACAAUACUAGUUCUUUGCUACCAUAAAACUAUAAACGAUUUUUACACCGUUGAUUUUAUUCAAAAAAAAUGUUACAUCUACCCUGAUUUAUACCUAUUUAACCUAUUACCUUAUAUAUUAUACUUAUGUAUGUUUAGUUUUAAAAUAUAAUUAUUAACAUAAAAUAUGUACACAGUACACACACACACACACACACACCUAAACAUACAUAAUACAUACACAACAUGUGUAUAUAAUAUAUAACUAUAGAAAUAUAUUUAUAUUAAUUAUGCAUAUAGCCUAUUAAGUAGAGUAGUCUUACAAAACAUACAAAUAAUCCAAGUAAACACUCAGAAUAUUUUAAGUAUUUAUUUUAAGUCAUUAUCAUUACCUUAAUAUUUAAGUAAAUUAUACUUCUUAUAAGAGUGUUUUAUUUGGCAUCAUUACAAAUUAUCUAAUACCAUUCUAUAAUAUAUUUAUUCAGACUCACAAAAAUUCUUUAUUCAAAACAUUUUAACACAACACUUGCGACCAAUACAGAUCAAAAUCAGUCUUAAGAUGUUAGGCGUGUGAGUUCGCUAUUUACUCGAUGUUGUUAUUGAACAACGUUUUCAUUAUAUUACGAUGGCACAACAUCUUCAGACAUUUCGACACUAAUAACAAAAUCCGAUAACGGAUAUUUUUAUAAGUUUUCUAAGUGUCUUAGAAUUUUUAAACAGGCGUUCAUAAUAAAAAAUAUCGUUGGCUGUUAUAAUAUACAUAAUAUGAAAAAUAAAAGUUAAACAAAAUUAUAAAUUUCCCGGGAAGUUUAUUUGAAAAUGUGCGACUUUUCGGGCCAUCCUGUAUAAAUUUGAAUUUUAAAAACUAUUAGUACUGAACUAAGUUACAUAAAUAUACAUUUAUACCAGAAUUUAAUUUUAUAGUUAAUUUUAAUUAGUUAACCUUUUUAACAUACCUAAUAGGAUUUGUUUUAUUUAAACAUGUUUUAAAGUUUCUAUUUUUUGUUCCUUUUUUUUUUUUAUUUGUGUUUUUAUUUUUUGUUAAUUUUUUUUUUAUUAUUAUUAUUAUUAUUAUUAUUAUUAUGAAUGCAAGUCUAUCAUGAGAACGGUGAGACGUAAUGUUUGUCCUCAUUUUGAUAUAGGUAGUUAACAAAAUAUUAAGUUGUACUAAAAGAUAUUUUUUUUCACUAAACAUUUUAAAUUUCAUUCUCUGGAAAAUUAAUAGCAGUAUCUACACAUCGUUUAACAUAAUUUAAUCCUUUCUAUUUAAAUUAUUGCUUAACUAGAAGAAUCAUAUUUAAUUAUAUUUUUAACUUAUUAAACGUUUUAUCUCAUUUACAUAAUACCUAACACCUAAAUUUAUAAA